UUCUUUCCAAUUAAACCGCGCACGCGGUCGGGCUCGAAUCAUGCUUUGUAUCGUAAUGCCAAACACUAAUUUUAUUUCGUGUCGAUAUCAAACUCUUCUCGGGGUUAUAAUCUAUUAAUUUUCGUUCAGCUUGUUGUCCUGUGCGUCUCUUCAUAGGCGAACUCUGAACAUUGAACAGUUUACCCUUAAUAUUUACGAUCUCGAAUAUAUUGGUUAUUUUUUAUUCACGUUUAUGUCGACACGUAUGAUUUGGUGUAUAUUAAAUACACGAGCUAUAGCGCAUCGAUGACAUACGAAAGCGCCACCGGAUACGAGAGAGACUUUUUUUUCGUUCUAGUAUAAUUAACUACACCUACAUGACUACGUGUCUACAUACUAUUACAAUAACAGUAUCGAAUUGGACGUAAUAUAUCAUGCGCGUCUGUUAAAUGCGCUGCAGUAUAGACGAUUGCGACCGGUCCGUGGAUCUUUCGAUCCGUCCGAUACGAUAUCGAUCACACGCAGAGAGAUAUUCAAAAAUGGAGUUUCGCACCAGUCGUAUGACACAUGUUUGGCCGUCCGUCCAGGGUCGAUGCGGCUGUUUAUCAGCAUAAUAUAAACUAUCGGUGUUAUCGGUGUAGUUGGUGAACGAUGAGUGCUCGCAGCAGUAGCAGGAUCAAAAGUCCUGUGGGAUGCAGAUGCCACUACAUACUGAAACGAUGUAUGGCCAUCCAUCUUCAGAAACAGUCGCUUGUCCGGUACAUUCCGCAACAAGCGGAAACUUCUCCGUACUGGAUGUACGACAACGGGUACCUAAUAUUCCAGAGCUUUUUGGAGUCGAAUCUAAAAUGUGUCUGGAAUCGAAGUCUCGUGGAGGCGAUGCAAGUGGUCAAAUACGAGGGAUACGUCUCGCCGGGAGUGUUGUUGCUCACCGGUGAUCCAUGUUCCAUGGAGGUAAUAAGAGGCGCCUGGUGUCGUAAUGUGCUCAGGCCACCGAACAGUUACGUUAUUACUAAAAUCGGUGACGUUGAAGAUUGCGUGGUGGAGGACUUGAACCAAGGACAAUUUACGCCGUUAUCCGAAGCUCUAUGCCUAGUCAUACUGGAACUGACCAGCGCUAACCAAAAUGCCACAAUUGACACUGUGCGUUCAGCCUUAAAAAUAUUUUUUUCUAACAUACAACCGCCGGCCGAACACAUUAUCUACGACGCGAUGGUCAAUCUCAUGUCCGAUAAUAAGAUAUACCAGACCUCCAGGGGUUACUUUGUUGUGACGCCAGAGGUGCAGCGACUUGUCGGUUCGGCGACCGCUAGCCCUGCACACAGUUUGCGGUUGGGAGGAAGUAGCCGGUACAGCCCAAGUAAAAAAGGGUUCUUGAUGUCCACAGAAGAAGCGUAUAUGAAGGUGCACGGUGACAUAGAGACCUUGAGAGACGGUGAUCAAACUCACCAAAACAUACAGACCAAUUUGGCAGACAUCAUAUCCGGCGGUAAUUCGGACGAUAAAACGUUGUCGCCCAGGCGGGAUGCAUCCGGCGAGAGGCUGGGCAGACGCAACUCGCUCAGGACCAGCUCGUCGUCCCGCCGCUUUCAGACCACGCUACAGCGAAGCGGUUCGAUGAGACAGAUAUCGAAUAAAAACAAAAGUGAAGAAUCCUACGGCGGCGUGUCCGUGGAGCCGAAAAAGUCGCCGGGUAUAUUUUCGAGACUGUUCGGCAGCCGCAGAUCGAGUUCUAAGUCCCGAAAGUCUAACAAUUACUGUUGUGCCACUCAGUUCCCUCCGGACGAAUGGUUCAACAAGAGUGUACAACCACAACACUCGAUCUCCACUCAAACGGAGAAGGACGAAGACCAGUCGAAACAACAGUGGCCGGCCGCGAGGUUGACGAGGAGCGCGACGUUGCCGAGGAAAUCGCGAACCGUCACGGCGGGCUCGUCGUCGGUGGCCUGCAGCAGCACAGUGGACGGUUGCGGCGGUUGCCAUUCAGACAAGACGCCAGCCGCGACCAAGAAGGCGUACCCGUCGAGCGGUUCGUCCGGAUACAACUCGCUGCCCCGCAUGAACGGCGGCCGGAAGUCGUCGGGCAGCGUAAAAAACUCGCCGUCGUCGGAACUGUCGUACAAGAUCGCCGCCGCCGCCGCCAAAGCGGAGGACGCAAAACCGGACACGCCGACCGGCCGCGGCAGCAACUUCGAUUCGAGUUACAGCUGCGACGAGAUAUCCGUCAACGACUCGUCCAUCACGCUCACGGUGGCCGCGACGCCGCCCGUCAAGCCCAAGACGGCCGCGGACUUGCGCCGAGAAUACUUCCGGGGCCUGAGCAAGUACGGCCAGGCGGCCACCAACGGAAGCUACAGCCCCGCCGGCGGAGGCGUCCGCGGUAAGGAUCAUCAACAGCAGCAGCAGCAGCAGCAGCAAAAGUACUUCAACCGCAGUGCCAGCAGCGGUCGCGACAAACAGGCGAUCGCCGCGAGUCUGCACAAAUAUCUGGACAACGCGUGUAAAAUCAAAUGACGGCGGUUCACCCACACCACCCGCCCACGUCCCUUUUUCUCCUCGUAACAACAACAUCGUAUUUAUAGUAUAGUAGUUGCUGUCCGUUAUCGUAAUAAUAUAUGAUAAUAUUUAGCAGGUAUAUAUACGUUUCUUCUUGGACGUCCAUAAUAUUUGCACCGUCGUAUAUUAUGUGUAUUUUAAGUGUAAUAUCCUACCUUACCUAUAUGCUUAUGCUUAUUAUAUUAUACGAAUAAUAUGAUAAAAUAUAAUAAAAUACGUACAGCAAACGACUCUUAUCCGCGAUAUACUAACACGACGACGUAUAAUAGCAAUAAAUUAUCGUGCAAUACGAUAUAUUAAGAGCGUUACAAUAAUAUUAUAAUAUGUACCUGUAAUUUACACGCACAUAAUAAUUAAUAGUAAUAUAGAUAAAUACAUACAGUUAUAACAUAUACGUACCUACAUGAUUAAUAUUGUUAUUAUACGGGCGGUAUUGUAAAUUCGGUUCGGCAAUAGUUAUUGAAAAUUGUAAAAAGGUCAACGUUAUUAUUGUAAUUUGUAAGCUCGACAGUCGGCACCGAUUGCUCCGGGUAUCUCUGUCUGGUACGAUUUGACGUGGAAACCGAGACUAGUUUUUUAUUUUUUAACUAUGAUAAUAAUAUUAUUGCUAGGUAUGAUAUUAUUGGAAUGCAGUAAUGACCGGAAGCAAAAGUUUUUUUUUGUGUGUGUGUGUUGAGAGUCAUUUAGUAUAAUAUUAUUAGCGUCGUCCUGUACAAAAUACAUGGCGAGCGAACGAUUCUCGCCAUGAAAACGUUUUAUCCGUUUUGAUUACACGUUUAAAAUGAUCGAUGAAAAUGAGUUAGAAUUAUAAUAUUAUUAGACAAAAAGUUACUUUGCGUAUUUUUUAAAUCGAAAACGUCCGUAUUUAUCAAUAAUCCGCCGUUGUCGCGGUUAUUUUUUUUUUUUUUUUGUCUUGCCGUGAUUUCCAGCAAUUUUUGGGGCUUUGUUUACGAUUAUUACACGUCAAUUAUUAAUUGUUGCCAGCAGAUUGAUACACGAGUCGGUGGUUAUUAAACGUCGUUGUGGUGGAAAAAAAAUUAUAGUUCCCGACCUUACGAACAAGUUUUUGCAUUAGGGCCGAGUUUACGUUUUCCUGUUAUGUGCGAGUAUACAUAAAUAUAAAAAGAUUUUACAUUGUAUAUACCUAUAACUACAACCCGCUACGUCCAACCUAUACAUAAUAAAUUAUGAACUUAUGAUAUUGUUAAAGGAAUGCCAUAUAACAUUUUUUAUCUAUAAUUAUUAUUAUAUACAAACUAAUCAAACAGUACUAUAUAUUAAAAUUAUAUUUUUUAUUAUAAACGAUUAUAAUAUUAUGUUAUUACUUAUAUAGUACACUUUUUCAAUAUUUUAAAUACGUAUACUUAGUCCAUACUUUUCUUUUUAUGCCAAUGUGAUAUUUACAUACAGAUAACAAAAAUAAGCCUACUCAAUAAUAUUCUGUAUACACCAUUUUAUUUUAUUGUUGACAACUUGUAAACUUGUAUGUGACGACGAAGAGUAGGUAUACUUAUUGUAAACUUUCUGGGCUUAUAUAAUAUUAUAUCUAUUAUAUGCCUAGAUAUAAUAUCACUUGUUAUAAGAUAUAUAUUAAUAAUAAUUUAUACUUAACUGAAUAAAAUACAUAAUAUUAUUCUAUUUAAA